CACUAGUCGACGCCCGUCGACUUUCAUUCUUAUGUACAGUUGUGCCCGUUGCUCGAGAAAAGGUUUUCCAACCUACGACUGUUCUCAUUGAAAACCAGACCGAGCUGUUAAUCUCAAAUUAGAAAUUGUUGUUUGAGUGCGAGACACGUAAAAUUUACACCGCAUGCACGACUGUUGUUUGCGAGUAUAGUCGCCGGACAUCAUGGCGAUGCUCGAGUCCGAAACGGAGGAUUUGGAUCCCCCGCAUCCUACUCGUCAAGCGCUGCUACGUUCACUUCAGGAGCCGCUGCCCCCGCAACCGCUGUCCUACUGGGGCUCACUUAGGUACACGGCGCAAUGGUACACCGACAAGGUUGUGCAGAUGUUGAUCAAUGUGCAGAAAUCGGUCAUCGAACCAUACGAAAUUUAUGAUUCGAUCGUACGCCAAAUACUCACAAGUCGUUUGCUGCUUCCCGAAGAUCGCGCCUUCGUUGAAUCAGUUCUUAACUCCGAGACGAAUCUGGCGAGUUUAGACGAACGUCGCAAAUGGCCCGAAACGCAUCGCGCACGGUGCCUGGUCUCUACACUGGCGGUAUUCGGAGUGCUUCUGUGCCUUCGGCGAAACUCAAAACUUCGGCUGAUCUCUUUGGUGACGGCAUUGGGUGUGACCGCUUCGAAGUUCUUGUCGGUAUCGAUGCUCAAACUGAGCAUCUUACAGCUGACAGCCGUACAAUCCAUGCAGAGCUCGUUACUUAAAUGGGCGCUUGUGCAGAUCAAAGAUGAUGAGUCGUUCCACGCACAGGGCACUCAGACUGGCCCAUCGGCUGCAUGCUCUUCCAGCAAUGUACACAUACCUAGCUCAGCAGUUCUGAUUGGCAUCGAGACGAUGGCCCGAGAAGAUUCGGAAUUAUUUGCCCGCAAUGUGUUCGAAACAUUACAAACGGAAUGUCUUCUCUGGCAGGCGGUAUCAAGGGAAACCCGAGCAGCGCUUUUAAAAGAUGACCUAGAAUUGAUCAUGCCAGCCACUCUGGACGACUGCAAGACUGCCUGUCCGAAGCUAUUCCAGUCGGAGGGACUCGCAGAGAGUACGGAUAAUUUUAGCUAUGGCGCUGUACUAUCGUUGAAAACGCUUAAUGACUUGCAUCGAUCCGAGUGUCUACGAAACCUCUGUCUUGCGCUCGUACAGCGUUGCCAUCUCAGCCUCAGGUCGGUUUUCCUGUGCAAGAAGGCUUUGGACACUGUCGUAGCGCUUCAGGGCGAUAAGUACGACUUCCUGUGCAGGGAGCACACUGAGCUGAAGGCCAAACAGAGUUCGCUGUUCACUCGGCUAAACACACAGUAUCGAAACGGGAACAGCAAAUCGAAAUAUUCAGACUGCGACGUAUCCGUUCGAAUGCUGUGUACCAAUCUUGAACGGUGCCUCCAGCUGGCGACAGCGAUCCAUUACGAAAUACAGGAGGGACAGGAACCAGGCAGUGUGCCAUCUCUGGGCGCGAUCAAUGAACUCAUUGAAAUCCUUAACGGCAACCUCACCCAGAGUGUCAGUUUUUCUGCUGACCUCCAGCUGAGGGUCAACAAUAAGAGGCAGCAGAGAUCAGGAUCACGGCUAAUCGAUUCGCGCAAAGCAAGCAUUGAGAUGAUAGGCAGUCAGCCUAGUCCAACUGAUCUUGAAAGUUUACCAUCGGGGCCUGAACACGAUGAGGUGUAUUUUGGAAAGACCGACAGCCAAAGGCGUUCUGAUGCUGUUGAUGGAGGAGACAGAAACCGCGACUUCGAAGAUAGGGAUCCGUCGGGUGCAUCACUUGCGCCGCCAGUGCUUAGUCAACUGAAGGACGUCCUUAAGGCAAAGGAAGUAGAACGAAUCGAACGAGAAGCAGCAGCCAUGAAACGGCUAGGUCUUGAAGAGCUCCCUUCUUCCGAAAGUGAAAAUGAUUUAGAUGAUAAUAACGAUGAUCUAGAGCUAAGAGAAAGUCGCCAGUCCAAAAUGCGGCCCAUGUCAUCUGGCGGGCCGUUGCCCAAUGCGGGGCAUACAGGGUUCACGCCCUCGCUCGCCUCCCAAGUUGCUGCGGCGGCCGGAGCUGUAAAAUCGUUCGGGGGAAACGCUGCUGCGGGGGCAGCUGAUGACUACAUAUAUGAGACCGACAGCGAUAACGGCGACAAUGCAGCCUAAAACAAGAAGGCCAACUGAAGUGAACAAAAUUGUUUAAUUAGUAAAUUGGUCGUGUAAUUAACGUAAGAAGAAUGGACUGUUCGGUUAUGAUUACUGUGUUAAUUAAAAGAUUAUUUGAUCGCUUGACUUAUCUUUAUAAAAUGCUUUCCAUUGGUCUUUUCUCCCUAUAUUAGUGUUACUGAAAAUUCUAUUCGUUUUCCUAUUAUUAUUACUAGCGGAUAAAUAAAAUGAGUUUAUUUAUUGUGUUACGGUUAACACAACGAUAAUAUUGAGUUAUGUAAUAAUUUGUAGUACUAAGCUUCUCAUAAAGGUUGUUAAGCAAUUUUUAAGGUAUUUCGCGAUUUGCGUUUUUUCCUUUUGAUUUAUAUGUUAUAUUCGUAGUAUACUUAAUACUCAGUGAUUUCAGUUGAUGAGCCCUCGUUGUUAAUGUUAGUGAAGCGUUUGAUUGUUAAACGAAGUCGUGGUUAACAGGAAAGGCUAGAGUGAUUUUAGUUGACGAGGUGGGAUAAUGCCACUAUUCUUAUGUAAGUGAAUCUGUACCGAUAGGGAUCCGAAUAAAAGGAAACGAGUAAAAGGACGCGAUGAAACAAUUGAUGGUGAAUGAUGUGUCUGAUAUUAUUACGCACUAUUAUUAUCAAGUCGCGAAUAUACAUCUGCACUAGAAGAGAAAAAUCAAAUAUCUAGGCAGAACUGAAUAAUUUUGUGUUUUUAAUGAGUUCUAAUUAAUCGAUAGCAAAUAUAUAGUAUUUUGGGCUCAAAAAGAGAGUAUCUCGCAGGGCUAAAAAUUGCAUGCGCGCUACGUGAUAUACCAGUUUUAAUGGUAGUAACUAUAAGUGCUAGCUAUUUCAAUUGCAAAUAUCUUUUUGGAACAGUUCAGACUCUGUUUGCAACUGCUUAUUAUAACUAUACAUUUAAGUAUCAAACGAGCUAGUGUGUUGGAACCAUUAAUUCUUUGAACGUAAAUUUAUGAACAUAGUUUCAUUGUCUAGUAAAAAGGGUCCUUUCAAAGCCAAAUGACUUGUCCUGCUGCUAAACUCUUCAUAAAUCUAUUUAUUACGGCGCAACUGUGUGCAUUUUCAAUAGACACGAAGCUUGGAAGUGUUCAUAUAAAUGUAAAAUGGUUAAAGCAAGCAUGCUGAAAGUCGCCGCAUUUCUGCGCAUUAAACCGAAUGCCCUUAGAAUUUUGAUACGAUUUCAACAACCACUAAAGUGUAUCGCUCGAAAGACGUAAAUACCGAUGUAACUGCGCAAUCUGUUUCAGCAAGAUGGUCGACUGCAACGGUCCAGCGUGAUAAUCUACCCAUUUUAAGAAACAUCUUCUCUAAAUAAAGAUUUAUACUGGCGCGUUAUAGUGCAAUUGACAUUCACGAACCGUGUUAGUUUUCAUGUAAGUUGCCGUCAAACGAGCCGGUAGCGUACUGUGCGCUGCUAAACCAUUGAGUGUAUGCUCUCGUUUCAGUACCCAUCACAAUUAGAAGGGUAGAGAGUAUGUAAGUAAGAGCGUCUCAUCAACUGAGCUUCACAGCGACUGCUAAUUUUUUCUAUAAGUAAUUACCGUGAUUAUCCAUUAAAGCAGACAGCAUUAC